UGUGACAUCAUCACAGGUCCUGCUCCUCCAGCGUCUAUCAAAUACAGAGUGGGUCCUGGUCGGGCUGUGAGGAUAUUAACUGAGGAGCUGAUCCAGUUGUCUCAUCUUCUCUUGAAUGACCCCGAAGGAUGGAGAAGGACAGGAAUGAGAUGACUAAGAGAAUAUUACACUUCACCUUGGAGAUCCUCCACAUGCUGACCGGAGAGGAUUACACCAUAGUGAAGAAGACAUGGGGGGAGUGUGUGGCCCCCAGCAGCCAUCUCCAUGAGUCAGGAGGACGGAGCAGGGCCCGGGGCCCCAUCACGGAACCUCGACCUCACUCACUUAUACAUGAGGAGAAGAUCCUAGAACUCAUCCACAGGAUCACUGAGCUGCUGACUGGAGAGGUUCCUAUAAGGUGUCAGGAUGUGGCGGUCUAUUUCUCCAUGGAGGAGUGGGAGUAUGUAGAAGGACACAAGGAUCUGUACCAGGACAUAGUCAUGAUGGAGGAUCACCGGCCCCUCACAUCACAAGAUGGAGUCAUUGAUAGAAAUCCACCCGAGAGGUGUCCCCGUCCUCUGUAUUCCCAGGACUGUCCAGAGGGAAAUGUCCCAGAGAAGCAUCAGGGGGGAGAUCUGACUAAUAAUAAAGUGGAGGAUGAAGAAGAGAGGAUGAGCGGCCAUCACCCGUGUAUGAGGGAAGUGAAGGAGGAAAUUCCAGGAGGUGUUACCCCAGAACGUCCAAGGAACAACUCCGAGGGAAACCUCAUGUUAUCGCUAAAUAUUAAAGUAGAAGAUGGAGAGAUCGUGGAGCGCUCCUCCGGAGAAGAUGGAGAGAUCAUGGAGCGCUCCUCCGGAGAAGAUGGAGAGAUCAUGGAGCGGUUCUCAGGAGAAAACCUCCUUACCCCUAAUGUCCAUCCAGAUCUAUCAUAUAAUAAUCCCCCUGAUCAUGGGGAACCUUCUCCUGACCAACCACACAUUGUUACCACAAGGACAGAUUCAAAAAAUGGUAAAUGUUUUUAUUGUGAUGUGUGUGGAAGAUAUUUUACAAGAAGGUCAUCUCUUGUUAUACACAAAAAGAGUCACACAAGAAAUAAGCUGUUUUCAUGUUCAGAAUGUGGGAAAUGUUUUACAAAUAAAUCUAAUUUUGUUAUACAUGAAAGAAUUCACACAGGAGAGAAGCCAUAUUCAUGUUCAGAAUGUGGGAAAUGCUUUGCACAAAAAUCAAAUCUUGCUAUACAUGAGAGAAUUCACACAGGAAAGAACCUAUAUUCAUGUUCAGAAUGUGGGAAAUGCUUUACGACUAAAUCAGACUUUGUUGUACAUGAAAGAAUUCACACAGGAGAGAAGCCAUAUUCAUGUUCAGAAUGUGGGAAAUGUUUUAUCAGUAAAUCAGAUCUUAUUAUACAUGUGAGAAUUCACUUGCGAGAGAAGCACUUUGCAUGUUCAAAAUGUGGGAAAAUUUUAACAAGUAAAUCAGAUCUAGUUAUACAUGAGAGAAUUCACACAGGAGAGAAGCCGUAUUCAUGUUCAGAAUGUGGCAAAUGUUUUACAAGUCAAUCAGAUCUUAUCCUACAUGAGAGACGUCACACAGUAGAGAAGACAUAUUUAUGUUCAGAAUGUGGGAAACGUUUUAAAUAUAAAUUAGAUCUUGUUUCACACGAGAAAAGUCACACAAGGAAGAAGCUAUAUUCGUGUUUAGAAUGUGGAAAAUGUUAUAUUACUAAAGCCAGACUCGAGAAUCAUGAGAGAAUUCACAGACUUGUAAAGCAUGAAUAUGGCUUUUCUUCUAACUCUGAUCUUGUUACACAAGGAAAAGGUAACUCAGUAGAUAAGCCUUACUCGUGUUCUGAAUGUGGAAUAUGCUUUCUAAAAGAAUCUAAUCUCUUGAAACAUAAAAUCAUUCACACAGGAGACAAGCUUUAAUAAUGUUCAGAAUGUGGGAAAUUUUUUACAUGAACUCAGAGAAGUGAGUGCGACUCUAUUACACAUUGUCAUUGUAUUUUAUAUGUUCUGUCUUAUCUAUUUCCUAUUUGUGUAAUUUUAUACAGAAGUUUGUAUCUCGGCCAAUCUUACUGCUGUAAUAAACUUUUAUUAU